AUGUCUUAUCCAGUGACCAGUCAGCCUCAGUGUGCCAAUACCUGCUACCAGACACAGCUCAGCGAUUGGCACACGGGCCUCACCGACUGCUGCAACGACAUGCCCGUCUGUCUGUGCGGCACUUUUGCUCCACUGUGCCUCGCCUGUCGCAUCUCUGACGACUUCGGGGAGUGCUGCUGCGCGCCGUACCUGCCCGGAGGCCUGCACUCUCUGCGCACAGGCAUGCGGGAGCGCUACCACAUCCAGGGCUCCGUCGGGCACGACUGGGCUACCCUCACCUUUUGCCUGCCCUGCGCCCUCUGUCAGAUGGCACGGGAACUGAAGAUCCGCGAGUAAGGACGUCCUCUCCGGAGUCCUUGGUCACGCCUGGCCUCCUGGGGAGGGGGGUGCUCUUUGGAAAGCCUGUCCCACUGCCCCUGUGCCACCGCCAAAAAAAUACACCCACAAUAAAAACCGGAAAACCAA